AUGAUGCCUUCCCUCAGUCAAAGCUUGGCCCUGGGGUACGCCAUCGUACUCCAGGUGCUCUACCUCUCCUGCGGCACCGGAGGAGGAACCAUCAUCGACCUCGUUCUGGCCGCUUUUAUAGCAGUCCCCGUUACCGCCGGAACUUGGCUCAUCGCCUCCGCCAUCAGCCCUCGCACCAGCGAGAGCGUCCUCCCCGGCCGUCCUAUCGAAUACUACAUGACCUUCAAGCGUCCGGCAAAUGUCAAGUACCGCGGCAAGAGAAAGAUCCCGAUGGCAACUUUCUGCCAGAUGUAUCUCGACGGAGACAUCAAGAUGAACGGAGACACCCUGGCUAUCCUCGAGAAGAGACAUGACUGGGCUUCUUUCCGUCUGACCUUCGGUCUCAUCUACUUUACUCUCUUCAAGCUCAUCCCAAAGGUUGUUGAAGAUCUCUGCUCUCAUGAUGACGGAGAUGUUCACCCAGCCCACGAGAGACUCGAUCUAGGCGUACUCCAAGGCCUCCUGGGACCCCGGAUGCUGUACACUUCAGGUCUCGUCCGCGACACCAACGAGCAAGAGUCCCUCGAGGAACUCGAAAACAACAAGCUUGGCGUCAUAUGCGAGCAGAUCCACCUCAACCCGUACGACAGAGUCCUCAGCAUUGGCUACGGCUGGGAAGCGUUCGCCAACUACGCCCGUCGCAUCUUCCCUCACGUUCCUUUCACAGGCCUGAACCACACCGGCGAGUACACCAACAUCCCUCCCAUCAGAGGCGGCUACAAGAAAAUCGUCUGCACGCAUCUGGCCGAGCACAAGGGCCCAGGCAACAUCAUGGCUCUGCACAACGGUCCCGGCGAGUACUCAGACUUCUUCAAGCACAUUCACGGCCUGCUCGCCGACGACGGCAUAUUCUUCCUCGAAGUCGCGGGCGCCAAUGAGUUAUGGCAGUUCGAGGAUCUCGUAUGGAGACUUCUGAUGGCCAAGUACGUCUGCCCCGACGCCGUCCCUUAUGCCUCGCUCGCAUCCUUGAUCAACCAGCUCGAGAGGGCCGGCUUCAGAGUCAAUAGUGUGGACAACGUUGGUCGCCACUACUCUGAGACGGCCCGGAAGUGGUACGGUAACUUUGUGCGAAAUCGAGAGGCUUUGGUGGCUAUGUAUGGCCCCAAGAUCUACCGGACAUUCGAGUUUUUCCUGGCUUACAUGGUCGUCAUCUUUGGUCAAGGCAGCGCCAACACCUACCAGAUUGUCGUCACCAAGAAUCCCAGUUCUGUCCACCGAACCGAGUCUGAGCCUGAAGUCGAUGAGUCUUCUUGGGACCUCUGCGAGUAA